GGGAUAUCUAGGAAAUUUCAAGGAAAAAUCGUUAUUGUUUUCCCUUGCCAAAAAUCUGGGAAAUCCAGGAUGAAGUGGAAAAUAAAAAUAAGUGAACUUCACUUCGCGAUUAGUUUCUCCGAAAUAUUUGGGAAUUGAAUAAAGAUAGCUCAUUUCUCCAUACACAAAAGGUUCUCACACUUUUUUCCAUUAUCUCCCCUGAAUUCCUAGAUAUUGUGAAAACGAAAUGAAGCUGACGACUGAUUCCUAAAAAAUUGAACUUCUAUCGGAAGGAAUUCUGGGAAAUUCCCCUAGAUCCUAGAAAAAUUCCAGGGGAAAAAUUGAUUUUCGAACACAACAAUGAUGCUCUUGCAACAGUAGUAAACUAUUGUUACUGGCUAUUUUUGACUAUUUUUAAAAAUUCCGAGCAACUUUCAGACUUGAGCCGAAAAAUACUAUUUUGAGGUUAGAUCUUCCACUCGGACUCUCCGAAAAUCGACUCUUGACAUUUGAGAAAGUGGACUUACGUAAUUUCUGAUAGGAAGGUUAAUCAUCGGGUCAGCGUGUGAGAAAUUAGGGCCGUAGGAGCAGGCCAUAUCGAACAUAAAUCGGGUAAACAAAUAAAUGAAAAAAAUAUGCCUGACAAUCAGAAGAAGCCGUUCUACGUUGGCGCCAUUGAUGAAGGUACCAGCAGUGCUCGAUUUUUGAUCUUUGACGUUGCAAAAAGAAGAGUAGUGACGUCCCACCAGACCGAGAUAAAGCAAAAAUUCCCUCAAGAAGGAUGGGUGGAGCAGGAUCCGAAGGAGAUUCUCGGUGCAGUAAUAGAAUGCAUCACGAAGGUGAUGGAGAAACUGAAGGAUCUGGGGAUUAACAGUUCUGAUAUCAAGGCUGUGGGCAUUACGAAUCAGAGGGAAACGACUGUUGUGUGGGAUAAGAAGACUGGGGAGCCCUUGCACAAUGCUAUAGUUUGGCUCGACAUGAGAACCACGACGACUCUCGAAGACGUCAUGGAUCAGAUACCAAACAAGACCAGAAACAAGAACUACCUGAAGCCCCUCUGUGGCCUCCCACUGUCUCCUUACUUCAGUGCUCUCAAAAUCAGAUGGCUCAUCGAUAAUGUUCCCAAGGUGAAGCAGGCAGUCGACGCUGAGAAUUGUGCUUUCGGGACUAUUGACACGUGGCUCAUAUGGAACCUGACGAACGGAAAGCUCCACAUAACAGACGUCUCCAACGCCUCCCGCACAUUACUGAUGAACAUCGAGACCCUAAAAUGGGACUCACUCCUCCUAAAAUUCUUCAGCAUUCCUGUCCACAUGCUCCCGGAGAUAAGAUCGAGUGCGGAAGUCUACGGGAAGAUCGCGAGCCCCAGCUGUCUGUCAGGAAUCCCCAUAUCCGGAUGUGUUGGUGAUCAGCAAGGAGCUCUCCUCGGUCAACUCUGCCUGAAGCCAGGCCAGGCAAAGGCCACCUACGGCACAGGUUGCUUCCUCCUCUACAACACCGGAACUGUAAAAGUCGACUCGACCCAAGGGCUAAUAACAACAGUUGCCUAUAAAUUCGGUAAAUCACCGGCAGUUUAUGCCCUCGAAGGUUCUGUUGCAGUUGCUGGGGCUGCCUUAUCCUGGCUGCGGGACAACAUGCAGCUAGUCAGCAACAUCGCCGAGACGCAGGUGUUGGCGGAACGCGUGAAGAAUUCUGGUGACGUUUACUUCGUGCCGGCUUUUUCGGGGCUGUACGCCCCCCACUGGCAGCAGGACGCGAGAGGUGUUAUCUGUGGUAUAACUGAGGACACGCAGCAGUAUCACAUAAUCCGGGCGGCUUUGGAGGCUGUCUGCUUCCAGACGCGGGACAUUCUGGAGGCCAUGGCCAAGGACUCUGGGACAAAAUUGUCGGCUCUACUCGUUGACGGAGGAAUGACUGUUAAUGAUCUCCUGAUGCAGCUCCAAGCUGACUUGACUGGGAUCAAUGUUUUCCGGCCGCACAUGGUGGAGUCGACGGCUUUGGGUGCUGCCAUAUUGGCGGGCAUCGGUGCGGGCUUGCUUGAUAUUUCAGAGGUCGAGCCUUCGCAGAUGACCAAGUUCAGUUCGGCUAUUGGAGAGGACGAGAGGGACCUGCGGUAUUCCAAGUGGAAGAUGGCGGUCGAGCGGUCCAUGAAGUGGGACCUUUCUUCGAGUCUAGAUUAAACUCGAGGGAUUGUUGAUUAAAGGGGGUUGAUAUUGUUGUACUUUAUUGGGUACUUAUGCAGACGUACUUCAAAGUUGUUGAUAUUACUUGAGCUUUUGAUAGUAAGUUGUGUAGGCGAUACAUGCGAAUUUGAGAUUUUUUCAGGGACGAAGUCUUUCAUUUAUUGCUCAACUGUUUUAAUGUAAGUACUUGAUUGUGCAAAAUUUUUUUGAAUUAAAUUAAUGAGAUUUUUUAUUA